GGGGUUGCAUGCUCUGCAAAAUCACCUAGCGAAAGAAUGAAUGUCAAGGAUGCCUUGGUAGGAUUAAUGACAAUAAAGGAAGUAUUUCUUGGAGUAGGUAUCCAUGGCAAGCGACAUUCCUGUGAAGAAACAUCUCGAGCUCGCUACUAAGGAAAUACAUAAUAAGUGCCAAAAUAUAUAUAUUUUGGCCCUCCAAUCUAUACUUACUAGUCUUUUAUAUUUGUUAAUUGGUAUUUAUUUUGCAUUUUUAUGUUUACAGGUUGCUCGAGCUCGAUUUUCAUGAUUUUUGGGUAAAGAUGGAAGUUAACAAAAGUUUUGGAUUGAAGUGCAAAAUGCAUUAGAAUUUUGAUGGUCAAUUUAAUAUUAGACAAAAUUCAAGGGACCACUAUGUGAUUAAUCCAUUCAAUCCUAUAAAACCAGGGGGCUGCUAUUCGCAGCCCCGUAUUUUCUCCCGUAGCCCGUUAAAAAAUUUCAACUAAUUACAACAUGACCCCCUAAUGUAGAAUGACCUACUUACCCUUAUACCUAUACAUGAAUUGACUUAUAUGCCCUUAUGAUCAAAACCCCUAAAUUAUCCACUACCCCCUUCCCCCUCAAAAUCAUCAUUCACGUUUUAAAAGAAAAAAACAGACACAGACCUCCUGUUCUUCAUCUUCGGCUUUCUACUGUUCAUCUUCUCUUUUCCUUUAUCUCUAAAUCAUCAUUCUCUUUUCUCCUCUCUUUCAAAUUUUUCAUUGGAGGAGGAGCAAGGACCAAAUAUUUUAUCAAUGGAAGGUUCAGUCCUUCCAUUGAUCCAUUUUUUGACCCACUUGUAGGAUUGGAUUUUGAAAUUGAAUCAAAUUCUAUUAGCAACCAUAUGAUGGCAGAUGAGAAGAAAGAUACUGUGAUGGACAUUAUAUCUUGGAAGCCACGUGAGGAGGGUGAUACUUCAACGCAUGGCAGUCACAUAGGUCUAGUGACCAUAGCACUGGAGUUCACGACAGAGAAUGUGAGUGCGCAUGGCAGCCACAUAGGUCUAGUGGCCCAAAUGGGAGCAGGCCAAGGAAUGGGAGACAUUUUUUUCUGCCCAAAUAAAAGCGUUUAAAGCCAUAAUAUGAAGUGAUGUAGCAACCGCCGAGUUCUUUGAAGUAGAUUAGUUUUGUUUUAUAUGUAUGGUUAUCAUGUUGAUGCUUUACAUUGCAAUGUUGUUGACUAAGCACAUCCAUGGAGUUUGGUUUAGCUCUUUGUGCCAUUUAUUUUAUUAUGAGGUUGAUGUGAAGAAAUUGACUUAGCACAGGUUGAUUUCGUCAUCUGCAUUCCGAAGUUAAUGUAAUGUUCCUGUAGUUCCUGUAGCUACAGAUCGAUAUUUUUGUAAUUUUCCAGCAUUUACAACCCGAAAUUGUUAUAAUAUUUCAGCACUUGGAUACUGAA